CCGUUUCCAGGACCACAGUUGAGUGCCAAGGAUGCGUUGCUUGUUUGAAAACUGCAAUUCUUCGGGUCCAGCUGGGGUGGUACGUUAUUUUCCGUUUCCUGUGACGGAUUAUGCCUGCGAUCGGCUGCGACGACUGGCCAAAAAGCGUUUUUUUUGGUGGUGUCGCAUCUGUGGUGUCGACCACACGCGAAUGCUGCAUCAAUUGUGGGUUUGCUCACAACACUUCCUCACAGGGCGAUGCGCACCACUAUGGGAUGUAUACGAUCCCGAUUGGGUACCAAGUUUAUACAUACCAGCGAUCAAACGUGCCGUACCAUCAGCGAACAAAUUUAACGAGAACGAUUUCAUUGACAAGGAAAAUUUGGCCGAAGAGAGAAUCACCAAUCCAUUUUGGGAAACGACUGUUACACUACGGAAUGAGCUGAUCGAUGAAAUCAUAGCCUAUCCAAUAGGUCGUGCCUACGCGAUCUUAGAUGGACAGAACGAUCUGCACAGAAACUGUGGCGCCGCAUACGAUAUCACUGGGCUACCGGAGGAUCUGAGAAAUUGUCUUACACGCAACUCAUCCGUGCCGGGUGCAGCUCCGGAACUGUUUUCCUCCAACGCUGCGGCUAUAACGAUCGUCAACCUGGCAUUGCAACCGCGGUGGGAAACUGAGCAGAUUAUCAUGAAAUUACAACACAGCGUUCUACAGCUCAUAAACCUGAUGGAAGAAUGA